CACUCGAAACAACAGUACAAUAUGGCCGACCAAGGACUUCAGGAAGUUGAUGAGGGUAUGAUCCAGUCUAACUGGGAGGAGGUUGUCGACAACUUCGACAACAUGGAUCUCAAGUCUGAGCUUCUCCGUGGUAUCUACGCUUACGGUUUCGAGCGUCCCUCUGCCAUUCAGCAGCGUGCCAUUCUCCCCGUCCUCAAGGGUCACGAUGUCAUCGCCCAGGCUCAGUCCGGUACCGGUAAGACCGCUACCUUCUCCAUCUCUGUCCUCCAGUCCAUCGACAUCUCCGUCAAGCAGUGCCAGGCUUUGAUCUUGGCCCCUACCCGUGAGUUGGCUCAGCAGAUCCAGAAGGUCGUUGUCGCUAUCGGAGACUACCUCAACGUCGAGUGCCACGCCUGUAUCGGCGGUACCAACGUCCGUGACGACAUGAAGGCCCUCCAGGACGGUGUCCAUGUCGUCGUCGGUACCCCCGGACGUGUCCACGACAUGAUCCAGCGUCGUGCUCUCCGCACCGACAGCAUGAAGAUGUUCGUCCUCGACGAGGCCGAUGAGAUGUUGUCCCGCGGUUUCAAGGACCAGAUCUACGACAUCUUCCAGCUUCUUCCCCCCACCACCCAAGCUGUCCUUCUUUCCGCCACCAUGCCCCAGGAGGUCUUGGAGGUUACCCAGAAGUUCAUGCGCGAGCCCGUCCGCAUUCUCGUCAAGAAGGACGAGCUUACCCUCGAAGGUAUCAAGCAGUUCUACAUCGCCGUUGAGAAGGAGGACUGGAAGCUCGACACCCUUUGCGACUUGUACGAGACCGUUACCAUCACUCAGGCCGUCAUCUUCUGCAACACCCGCAGAAAGGUCGACUGGCUUACCGAGAAGCUCACUUCCCGUGACUUCACUGUCUCCGCUAUGCACGGUGACAUGGAGCAGGGUCAGCGUGAGGUUAUCAUGAAGGAGUUCCGUUCCGGUUCUUCCCGUGUUUUGAUCACCACUGACUUGCUUGCCCGUGGUAUCGACGUUCAGCAGGUCUCUUUGGUCAUCAACUACGACUUGCCCGCCAACCGCGAGAACUACAUUCACCGUAUCGGUCGUGGCGGUCGUUUCGGAAGGAAGGGUGUUGCUAUCAACUUCGUCACCUCUGAGGACACCCGUAUGAUGCGUGACAUCGAGCAGUUCUACUCUACCCAGAUCGAAGAGAUGCCCCUCAACGUUGCUGACCUUAUCUAAGGUGUUUAAGCUUUGAAGGUAUAUUAAGGAGGGCGUUUUUGGAAAGCAACCGAGGGUCGACAUCGGUUGCUUUGGAGCAGCAAAAAGUCG